AUGGUGGAAUGUAUGACCCUGGGGGAGCCCUGUGACCUGGAGAUGGCACUUGCCAUCCGCCUCUACGUGGAUUGCGUCAUGAGCCCCUGCAGCUGCCCACCCUCAACACCCCCUGAAAGAGCUCAGGGCAGUGAUCAGGAGAUAGAGCCACUACUAAGAGUAAAAAUUGGCUGCCUGUUUGCCCUGCUGGUUCUCAGUCUGGUCUGUGGUCUUAUUCCCACCUGCUUCAGAUGGUCCCAGGCUGAGACAGUCACAGGUCGUCACCGCCGGAUCCUCAGUCUCCUGGGCUGCACUUCUGCAGGCGUCUUCCUGGGUGCAGGGUUCAUGCAUGUGAUUGCAGAAGCCUUGGAGGGAAAUGAGUCAGAGAUCCAGAGGUUGGUGAUACAGUGUGGAAGCCCGAGUGGCCUUGACAUGGUCAAGGUCUCCUGA